UUUUUAGGUUAAAGUGGCGCGAAAUUCUAAUGUGUAAAACUUGGAGGACACCAUAAUGUGGUUAAUUCAAAUUAUCGCAUUGUUAUUGAUCAAUUUACGCAAGAACGCACCUCUAUCUUACUAAUUUUUUUUUCAAAGUUGUUACUGACGAUGAGACGUUAAGGUUAUGUAAUUAAAGAAAAACAGAUAAAUGCAAGUGCUUCUCACGUGCUUCAUGGUGUGUCGAAAUGGCCUCGGUUGUAUCAGUCCUAAGUAAAACCCCAAAUUUACUAAAAGAAUUGAUAAGGGCCUUACCUAGUGUAACUUUCCACGAAGUCCAAGACCCAGAACAUGAUGCACAAUUCAAACGGUCUGAAAUUCUAGUCUGCGAUUUUGAUUUAGUGGGAAAUUACUUGUAUGAUCUCCCCAAUACCAAAUGGAUGCAAGGAACAUGGGCAGGUGUUGACAAACUUAUGCCCUUGAUCCAAAACAAACCACUGCCCUACCAAAUAACGAGGUUUACGGGGGACCACUUUGGCAGAAUAAUGGGCGAAUACGUGGUUGCACACAUUGUAAACCACGAACGGAAUUUGUGCGAAUUGAGAGAUUAUCAACGGAAGACGCUGUGGCACAAAGAGGGCAAAGUUAACGACUAUCGCAUUAUUUCGGACUUAACAGUAGGGAUUCUGGGUGUGGGCAACAUCGGCAGCAAAAUCGGGAAAAUAUUACAUAUGCUAGGGGCUACAAUUUUCGCGCUUGGGCGCCGACCAGCACUACCACCAGGCGAUGGUUAUAGCCAUGUCUCAAGCUAUCACACCAAAGAAACACUACCGUCCCUUUUAAAAGAGUGCGAUUACAUUGUUAGUGUAUUGCCCUCAACUCGGGAAACUGACGGUUUGUUGGAUAAUGAUGUUUUAAAAAAUUGUGCAGAUAAAGGAAGCGUUUUGAUAAAUAUAGGUCGAAGCAAUAUUCUCUCUGAGGACUCACUGAUUAAAGCAAUCAAGAACAGGUGGUUAUCAGGGGCCGUUUUAGACGUUUUUGACGUCGAACCUUUGCCCGAAUGUAGCCCCCUUUGGUCAAUCAAAGAGAUAACAAUCACUCCCCACGUGGCAGGCAUGAGCCGCGCUAGAGACAUUGCAGAGCAGUUUUGUACCAACUACAACAUGUACAUAAAGCAACAGUCACUGCCGGCAGUCGUAGACAUCACAAAGGGAUACUAAACACCUAGUGAACAGUAACUUUAUUCCAUAUAAAUUAAAAAAUGCCACUAUAUACAAAAUAAAUACAAUAUAAAGAAUAGAUUAUACUGACAAUAAAAUUACUGAAAACUGA